AUGAGGGACUAUCUCAUUCGCUUCUCUCAGUCUCACGAGACUUUUCGUCUGCCUGAAAUUCAGGCAUUGGCACUGAUCGAGGGUAUUGACAUGAAAGUUAUCUCGUACAGCCUCGAUUCCCCAUUCUGCAUAGUCAACCUCCCCUCAGAAGCGGCCGCGCGCCGCCUGAUCCAGCGCUCCAUCCUAGCCAUGUCGAUCCACGAGCUCUGGGGCUCCGGGGCCGACCUCUCAGCGGUGCACGCGGCGGUGCACGAGUCCACAACACACCUCUGGCCCCAGUACCUCAGCUGCUCCUUCAAGUUCACGAUCGACUCGUACCAGGGGUCGCGGGCGGCCGACGACAAGGUGCGGAUCAUCAACUCGUUCGCCUACCUGGGCUUCGCGGGCCCCAUCGUGAUGCGGCGCCCGGACGAGGAGUUCAUCCUGUUCGAGGACUGGGAGUUCAACUCGACGCCGCUGGGCAUCCCGGACCCCAAGCACUACUACUUCGGCCGCUACCUGGCCACGGGCGCCCGCGACCUGCCCAAGAAGCUGGACCUCAAGAAGCGCCGCUACAUCAGCACCACCUCCAUGGACGCCGAGCUGGCGCUGGUGACGGCCAACAUCGCCCUGGCCGCGCCGGGGAAGAUCAUGUACGACCCUUUCGUGGGCACGGGGAGUUUCCCGAUUGCGUGCGCGCAGUUCGGGGCUGUGGCGUUUGGGAGUGAUAUCGAUGGCCGGAGUAUCAGGGGGGAUGAGAAGAAGCGGACGCUGAGGGGGAACUUCCAGCAGUAUGGUCUUCUGGCUGGGUUGGGGGGCAUGUUCACCGCGGACCUGACUAACUCGCCGAUUCGGAGGGCUGGGCUGAGGUAUGACGGGGAUGGUGUUAAGGGGAGGUUGUUUGAUGGGAUCGUGUGCGACCCGCCGUAUGGCGUGAGGGAGGGGUUGAGAGUGCUGGGGGUGCGUGAUCCGGAGAAGUCACCUUGGGUGAUACCCAAGGGGAAGGAGAUGUACAAGGACCCCGAUUUCAUUCCGCCAAGGAAGCCUUACGGCUUUCUUGCCAUGUUGGACGACAUCCUGCACUUCUCAGCCCAAACACUUGUCGACAACGGGCGGUUAUCAUUCUGGAUGCCUACUGCAAACGAUGAGCAACAAGAGGUUCCAGUCCCAACACACCCUUACCUCGAAGUCGUGGCGGUCUGCACACAAGUAUUUAACAAGUGGUCCCGGCGUCUCAUAACCUAUCGCCGAAUUCCCGAUGCAGAGGUCGACCAGGAAGCGAUGAAAGCACGAGAGGAGAUGAAGCCGGUUGGAAAGACAGUGGACGAACUGAAUCCGUUCCGCAAGGCGUACUUCAACGGGUUUGAACCGGUUGGUGGAACAGCCGACGAUGAUGCGCCUUAG